AUUGGGAUCCUUCUGUCCAUUCUCGGCCCAUUCCGCUUGUGACAUUAUGACGGUAUAUGUCUAUAGAAACCCCGCAAGUAGGAUUUGGAGAAGCCGAACGACCGCGGUCUUAUUGUGGGGUAUUAAGUAUACAAUAUCCGUACGCGGCGCAAGACCAAGAGACGGGCACCAGGCCGUCUAAUGUUUUCUCUGAGAGAUGUCGUGGGUAGUGUAAUUAGAUUUCGGGUGCACGAGCUCUCAAGAAGGCGAGGUAUCAGCCGAAGAAAGAAUUGACGCUCAAGUAUGCUCGCCUAAUCUCUCGGGCUACAGUAGCUCAAGCUCACCAAAAUUUAUCAACCAGCAACGGUGGAAGGGAGAAGUAAUUCAUUCAAGCAAACAUCCCUAAUAAGCAUCGCCCCCGAGGAACGAGAGAGAGGCAGACACAGUCUGAAAUUGACACCAGGCAAAGCACAGCAACAGUCAAACGAAGGAAAGGGGAAGGAUAGGAAGGAGCAAAGAAAAAAAGGCAAAAGAAUUUAUCUGGGAUACCAUGACACAUACCCAUGCCCACAAUGAACACGCUAAAGACGAGGGGACUUUAGCAGUACGACGGCUCCGGUUGCGGCGCCCAGGUUGGAGACUGGAACCAGCAAUUGAUUGACGCCAUGGACACCAGUGGGCGAGCGAGAAGAAAGAGGGUCAUGGUCUGCAAAAAGCGGAGUAGCCAAAGAGCGAAACGAAUGCCAGAGCCAGAGGUUGACGAAAGACAUAAUCUCUCCACUUGGCAGGGGGGGGUUCCCAAGAGGGGCCUCUCACGGUGGAUAUCUGAUACUAGAUUGAUAAAAUUUUUUAUUCUUUUGAACGGGCAAAAGAUCGACUAGUGGGGUUUUCAUCCAGUGGGAAUUUUCUGUUGCAGAAGCACGGCACGAACCGAUUAUUGGCCGUCUCUUCUCUAGACCAGUGGGGCAGAGACCAUAAUCUCUUGCCGAGGGCAUUCCCAUUGUUGUGGUAUUCUUCUGCUUCAGGGAAGGUGAGAAGCGGGACGGAGUACAAAGCACCAGGAGGGCUGGGAAAGAGAAAGAAAAGAAAAAGAAAAAGAAUCGGGUUGCAAAGUUACCCUCGGGGUCCGAGGGUCCAGGGAUGCGAUGCGCAUCAUCAUCUUAGUAUCCGUGGCGAUCCAUGAGUAUUCACCAGAAUAUUCAUUAUGCAAUGGAA